AUGGAGUUCCCUAAGAUGCAGUUUACAGAAUGGGAUCUACCGGAUACACAUGACUUGAUAUUUGGUCAACCAUGGUUUACCAUGUACAACCCCCAGAUCAACUGGCGUACACAACAAAUUGAAAUUGCAGCACACACGACGUUCAAAGACGUGGACGGACCGACAUUUCAUGCGAAGAUGACUCGCGGAGCCUACGAGGAAAUAUAUCAAUUAGACCAUCAGGAGAUACCGCACGAGCUACAGCCAGUGCUAGACGAGUACAAGGACGUAUUCCCCGACCAACUUCCAGAGGUAAUGCCUCCAACGCGAUCGGUCAACUUUGAGCUACAACUGAAGCCUGAUGCGGUGCCGAGCUCUCGGGCCCCCUUCCGUCUAUCGAAAGUGGAGCAGGAGGCGCUCCAACAAUUUGUGGAGGAGAAUUUACGGAAAGGAUGGAUCGAGGUGUCCAACUCUCCAUGGAUUUUAAACAUAUUUGGGAUUCCAAAAAAGGAUCCUGUAACCGGGCGGUUCCCUAAACGCGCAGAAUAG